AUGAUGAUUCUCAACCUACUAUUUGUAUCACUCACCGCCACUCUCGCUCUUACAUCAGUUAUCGCCAACCCACUCCCAUCCGGCGCCGAUCAAAUUAACGCUGAACUCGAAGCACGGGGAGAUUGGCAUUACCCCAAAACUCACCGUGUUAUUGUUGGGGCUGGAGGAAAGUUUCGAUACGAUCCAGAGUAUGUGAGCGCCAAGAUCGGAGAUUACAUCAAAUUCGAGUUCCAUCCCAAGAACCACACCGUCACGGAGAGUUCUUUCAGCCAACCGUGUAAUCGCAUUGAUGGUGGUUUCCGUACUGGAUUCGUCCCUGUUCCGCCAGGCACCAAACAUUUCCCGACUAAAGUAUUCAAAGUUGCUGACGACAAGCCUCACUGGUUUUACUGUGGCCAGACUGGCCAUUGUGCCGAUGGAAUGGUCUUUGCCGUGAACCCACCUCACAAGGGCAAUACAUUCCACAAGUUUAGGGAGACAGCCAAGUCAUAUGGAAAGUAA